AUGUCUGUCCAUAUCUAUCCAGGAGCGCAAGCACUUUCGCAAUUCCGUGUGGAGAGCCUGAUUAGGGCCAUAGAGGCCCACUGCGACAAGGCCAACGUUAUCCAGGAGCUCCGCUCCUGCUUUGUGCACUACGCUGAGGUUGCAGACGAGCUGGCGCCGGGAGAAGCCGAGCUGCUGCAGGCGUUGCUGACGUACGGGGACGCCGUUGACCUAGGGGACAGCUACAACCGGGUCAUGGUGGACGCGCUUGCUGGCAACCGGUCCUGCUCUUUGGGCGAGGACCUGUACCUGGUGCGCAUUUUGCCCCGCAUGGGCACAAUUUCGCCCUGGUCGUCCAAGGCCACUAACAUUGCCCACGUGUGCGGGCUAAAGGCCAAGGUCAACCGGCUGGAGCGUGGGAUUGUGCUACUGUGCAAGACUGUGCCCGGUUUCCCUCUUUUGAAGUACCUAAAUGACGAGUCCCUGCAGAGUUGCUAUGACCGGAUGACCCAGGAGCUCUUCUUGGAAGAUCCCCCUUGCAUGGACAAGAUGUUCUCCCAUGAGAAACCAAAGCAGCUUGUCUACGUUCCGCUGGUAUCGUCUGCCGAAGCGCCAUCUACGGUGCUUUCGCGCACCAACAAGGAUUUGGGGCUUGCUCUGGACCAGGGCGAGAUUGACUACUUGAUUGACGCAUUCGUCCAGAUAAUGAAGAGAGAUCCCACCGAUGUUGAACUGUUCAUGUUUGCCCAGGUUAAUUCGGAGCACUGUAGGCAUAAGAUCUUCAAUGCAGACUGGACGAUUGAUGGAGAGAAGAAGGAGUGCUCUUUGUUCAAGAUGAUCAAGAAUACCCAUAACAACACCCCGGAAUACACACUCUCUGCAUAUUCGGAUAAUGCUGCGGUUCUAGACACGGAGAACGAGGGCUAUUUCUUUGCUCCAGAGUUCGGUACUAAGGAGUGGCUUGCCACGAAGGAAAAGAUCCCUAUGUUAAUCAAAGUUGAAACACAUAACCACCCAACCGCCGUUUCUCCAUUCCCUGGCGCUGCUACUGGAUCUGGAGGUGAAAUCAGGGACGAGGGCGCUACAGGCAGGGGUUCCAAAUCCAAAUGUGGGUUAUCUGGCUUUUCUGUUAGUGACCUCUUGAUUCCAAACCAUCGGCAACCGUGGGAAAUAGACAUUGGAAAGCCAGCGCAUAUUUCCUCGUCGUUUGACAUAAUGCUUGAGGCACCACUUGGAUCUGCUGCGUUUAACAACGAAUUUGGUCGGCCAUGUAUAAACGGUUACUUCAGAACACUCACAGUGCCGGUCGUUAAUGCAGACGGAAAUGAAGAAAUUAGAGGCUUCCACAAGCCAAUCAUGAUUGCCGGUGGCUUUGGUGCUGUCAGGCCUCAGUUUGCGCUGAAAAACAAGCCAAUUACGCCCGGUUCCUGCAUUAUUGUCCUUGGGGGUGAAUCUAUGUUAAUUGGUCUAGGUGGCGGUGCAGCUUCUUCCGUCGCUGCAGGUGAAGGUUCUGCAGAACUGGAUUUUGCUUCCGUACAACGAGGUAACCCUGAGAUGGAGAGACGGUGCCAGCAAGUAAUUGAUGCCUGUGUAUCACUUGGAGCUGCAAACCCAAUUCAGUCCAUUCAUGAUGUUGGUGCCGGAGGUCUCUCUAACGCUUUGCCGGAACUGGUCCACGAUAAUAACCUGGGUGCUGUUUUUGACAUCAGAAAGGUUCUUUCAUUGGAACCAGGAAUGUCACCUAUGGAAAUUUGGUGUAAUGAGUCGCAAGAACGCUAUGUCCUUGGUGUCGCGGAAGAAGACUAUGAGACUUUUAAGUCUAUUUGUGAGCGGGAGAGAGCUCCUUUCUCUGUAGUGGGCAAUGCCACCUCCGAGCAGAGACUGGUUGUGGAGGAUUCUCUACUUGGAAGUAGACCAAUCGACUUAGACAUGCAGGUUCUAUUCGGGAAACCUCCAAGAAUGUCAAAAACUGCUACUACGAAACCUUUGAUGCUAACUCCUGCUGAUUUAGCCUCUGUGCCAUCGUUGGACGAAGCCAUUGAGCGUGUGCUAAACUUGCCCUCUGUUGCCUCGAAAUCUUUCUUGAUCACGAUCGGAGAUAGAACUGUUACAGGACUAGUUGAUAGGGAUCAAUUUGUUGGUCCUUGGCAGGUACCAGUGGCAGAUGUUGGAGUUACCUGUACUUCAUUGGGUGAUUCCUUAGUUACCACAGGCGAGGCCAUGGCCAUGGGAGAGAGACCCCAGAAUGCAUUGAUUGAUGCUGCGGCCUCUGCGAAGUUGGCCGUAGCUGAAUCUUUGUUAAAUCUGUGUGCUGCAGAUGUGAAAUCAUUGAAACAUGUUAAACUUUCUGCUAACUGGAUGUCUCCAGCUUCACAUGAAGGAGAAGGUGCCAAGUUAUACGAAGCCGUGCAGGCCAUUGGCAUGGAUCUGUGCCCUGCUCUAGAUAUUGCCAUCCCAGUGGGUAAGGACUCGAUGUCGAUGAAGAUGAAGUGGGGUGAAAAGGAGGUUACUGCGCCUCUAUCUUUGAACAUUACUGCGUUUGGGCCAGUCAAGAAUACUGCGAAAACAUGGACUCCGCUGCUGAAUAAACAAACAUCUGAUUCGGUCCUAGUGCUAGUUGACUUAGCUACGAAUGUGGAGAAGUCGCUAGGAGGCUCGGCUCUUCUCCAAGUGUAUAAGCAGAUCGGUAAUACCUCACCUACCGUCCAUGAUAACGCCAUUUUCAAGGGCUUCCUGGAAGCACUUUUGGAGCUGCAUUCUACCGAUAUAGUUGAAGCCUACCAUGACAGAUCAGAUGGUGGUUUGUUGGUGACCUUGUUGGAGAUGGCGUUUGCCUCAAGAUGUGGCAUGCGCAUCACAGUGGAUACAUCUUCUACCGAUGGUGACUACUUGGUCCCGCUCUUCAACGAAGAAUUGGGUGCCGUAUUCCAAUUGUCAAGAUCAAACUUGGAAGAGUUUAAAGCAAUUCUUGGAAAACACGGAGUUCCUAACGAAUUUGUCAACCCAGUAGCUGUCCCUGAUUUUGAGUCAUCUGGUAUCACCAUCGAGAAUCACGCAGGUGAAAAAUUAUACGAAGGAACCAGAGCAGCUCUACAAAAGAACUGGGCGUCUACUUCUUUUGAAAUGCAGAGACUGAGAGACAAUCCACACACUUCAGAGCAAGAGUAUGCUACUAUCGGUGAUGACUCAGAUCCAGGUCUACAUUACAAGCUGACUUUCAACCCAGCUGAUGACUUACAGAUUGGUGCUACUUUGGCUAGCAGCAGACCAAAGGUUGCAAUCCUCAGAGAACAAGGUGUUAACGGCCAGAUGGAAAUGGCAUGGUGUUUCCAGCAGGCAGGCUUCCAACCAAUAGACGUGACCAUGACAGACUUAAUCGAUGGACGGUUCCAUUUGAGUGACUUUGUUGGCUUAGCCGCUUGUGGAGGGUUCUCGUAUGGUGACGUUCUGGGCGCUGCUGCUGGCUGGGCCAAAUCUGUGCUAUACAAUGAAAGCCUCAGGGAGCAGUUUGUGCAGUUCUUCCAAGAGAGAAAAGACACUUUCGCAUUUGGUGCGUGUAACGGGUGUCAAUUCCUCUCUAGAUUAAAGGACAUCGUUCCUGGCUGUGAAAACUGGCCAAGUUUUGAAAGAAAUCUAAGCGAACAAUACGAAGCCCGUGUCUGUAUGGUGGAAGUCGUUGGAAAUCGCGGGGAGAAUAACGUCUUUUUCAACGGGAUGAUCGGCUCCCGUCUGCCUAUUGCAGUAGCACAUGGUGAAGGACGUGCUACCUUCUGCAGCAAGGCUCAGUUGGACGCUUUUGAAAGCCAGGCUUUGACUGCUGUUCGUUACAUUGACAACUACGGCAAUGCCACAGAGAACUUCCCAUUCAAUCCAAAUGGUUCUCCUCAUGGUAUCACUGGUAUCACGUCGCCAAACGGCAGGGUGCUGGCUAUGAUGCCGCAUCCUGAACGUGUCAGCAGGUUAACUGCUAAUUCCUGGUUCCCUGCUUCCGAAAGCGAGACCUGGGAGGGCUACGGUCCUUGGAUAAGGCUCUUCCGCUCUGCGAGAAGCUGGGUCGGCUAG